AUGGUCAGCUCCUGUUGUGGCUCUGUCUGCUCUGAGGAGGGCUGUGGCCAAGGCUGCUGCCAGCCCAGCUGCUGUCAGACCACCUGCUGUAGGACCACCUGCUGCCGCCCCAGCUGCUGUGUGUCCAGCUGCUGCAGGCCCAGCUGCUGUGUGUCCAGCUGCUGCAGACCCAGCUGCUGUGUGUCCACCUGCUGCCGCCCCAGCUGCUGCAUUUCCAGCUGCUGUCAACCCUCCUGUGGUAGCUCCAGCUGCUGUGGUUCUAGCUGCUGCAGGCCUCAGUGCUGCCAGUCUGUGUGCUGCCAGCCAAGCUGCUGCCGCCCCAGCUGCUGUGUGUCCAGCUGCUGCAGACCCCAGUGCUGCCAGUCUGUGUGCUGCCAGCCCACCUGCUGCCGCCCCAGCUGCUGCAUCUCCAGCUGCUGUCAACCAUCUUGUGGUGGUUCUAGCUGCUGUGGCUCCAGCUGCUGCCGCCCCUGUUGCCGCCCCUGCUGCUGUCUGAGACCAGUCUGCGGUCAGGUCUGCUGUCAAACCACUUGCUACCGCCCCACCUGUGUUAUCUCCACCUGCCCCCGCCCGAUGUGCUGUGCCACCCCCUGCUGCUGA